AUGGAAGAGCAGGAAAAAUGGUGCGAUGAAAGGAAGGCUACAGUCGCUAUUUAUAUCACUCAAGACGGAAGUCUGAACGUGCAGGGUUAUGUAAAGGUCAAGAUCCUCAAGAUGAACACUUACAUCUGUCUCGCUGCUUGUCUUGUUGCUGCCGUCAGUGCUGCAGGAUAUGGAGGUGGUGCCGGAAGUAUGGGCGGCACUGGAAUGGGAGGCGGCAUGAACGGAUUUGGUGGUAUGGGCGGAAGUAAAGGUGGAUUCGGAGGUAUGGGUGGUUCAAGUGGAUUCGGCGGUCAAGGUGGAUUCGGAGGAAUGGGCAGCGGAAAGGGUGGCUUCGGAGGCAUGGGCGGAGGAAAUGGUGGCUUCGGAGGCAUGGGCGGAGGAAAUGGCGGCUUCGGAGGCAUGGGCGGCGGAAAGGGUGGCUUCGGAGGCAUGGGAGGCGGAAAUGGUGGCUUCGGAGGCAUGGGAGGCGGAAAUGGUGGCUUCGGAGGAAUGGGCGGCGGAAUGGGAGGACAAGGCGGAUUCGGAGGAAAAGGUAGAUAA